AUGGCGGUUCGUUUCCACGUCUCUAUCUUGGUUAUAUGCUGGCUUCUUGGUCCUCUCAUCCCGACUGGUCUUCUUCUCGCUUCCGGCUUUGUCCUCAACACCGACAAGAUCGUUAAGUCCACUAGCCAGCAGGCUGGUUGGAUUAUCCUCCUCAUUCUUGGCUUAGCUGCGCUCAUCCCCCCCUUUUUCCUCUCGUACCAUCGUCUCAACCACGUCUGGGCAGUCUCGUCGCAUGCCAGCGGCGGCUGGCGCAAGAUCCUUUUUGCUUGCUUCUGGUACGCUAGUCCGCGCCAUGUGUACUCGGAGUGGCGCACCCGCUGGAUUCUCGCUGUCUCAUUCUCCAUCGUCCUCUACGCCGCCACUAUCGCCUUCGACCUUUACAUCAUGGGCAAGCAGGACAGCGAGUCGGUCAACGGCCAGAAGAUUGCGUGGAACAUUUACACCACGGCCACUCUCCCCACCCACCGUCAGGCUGAGAUUGCGGCGCUCAGCGGUGGCAAGUUGCACUACCCAAAGAUCGAGCACGUUACGCACGACAACGCGCCCGUCACGAGCUUUAACAUCCCCGCCUACUACCACCGCGCCGCCAGCAUGAACCUCCGGUACGGUGGCCCCUCCCUCGGCUGGAACCAGUAA